AUGGCGAUGCUCAUGCUCAUGACCUCGAUCGACGUGCGCUCCGACGCACUGGCUGAACAGUGUCGUCGUCAUGCGACUGUAGGCACCCCGCUCGUUGGCGACAUGAGUGGCGAGACGGUCAUCGAGUAUGCGCUCUCGGACCGUUCUGGCAACGAAGUGUUCUGCCGCAAGUUUGGCUUUGUGAUCGCGGGUCAACUCAUUCAGAACCGUCUCCGCCCCUACACGUGGCGGCGCGUUGAUCAUCAACUUUACUUUUGUCUGCUCAAGGAGCGCGAAGCGAUCGCGUCCAUGACGCUUGGCAUUCCGGGCAGCCAGCCACUUCUUCAACUCACACCUCAAUUCUUCGCACUUUUUUACAAAGCGAUCAAGCUACUCGUACGGUACGAGCCCACGUCGUCCGUCGUCGAGGCGCGCGACGAAAGCAUCUUGGAACUGCUCGACGGCGACAGCUGCAGCGUUUCGUACCCGCUUCCGGGUGCGUCCUCGUGGCUGCUAAUCGUGCUUUGA